AUAGAGCUUGCUGCUUGUGUGAGUGUGAGGGGGAGAGCGAGCGAGAGAGCUAGGGAGGGAGCGAGAGGCAGGCUGCAAGAGGAGAGGGAGAGGGGGAGCAAGCACUCCAGCGAGCUUGAGGACAGGCUUCUCUCUUCUGUGCUCAGUUGAUCUGGCUGUCAGUUGGUGUUAACGCUGCAGUUUAAGUGCUCAGAUUCCAGGGGAAACAGACAAACCUCGCAGAAGGAAAGAAGGAAGCGAGCAAAGAAGGAAGGAACUGCAGGAGGAAAAGAAGAAGAGACAGAACAACGAGAGGAAUAAAGGGAAGUGGGGGAAAACAUCAAAUCUAUGAUUGGACCUGGGCUUCUUUUUCGCCAAUGCAAAAAGGAAUAUGCAGCACAUUUUUGCCUUCUUCUGCAUUGGUUUCCUAGGCACGGUAGUAGGUGCCAAUUUCCCCAACAAUAUCCAGAUCGGGGGAUUAUUUCCAAACCAGCAGUCACAGGAACAUGCCGCUUUUAGAUUUGCUUUGUCGCAACUCACAGAGCCCCCAAAGCUGCUUCCUCAGAUUGAUAUUGUGAACAUCAGCGACAGCUUUGAGAUGACCUAUAGAUUCUGUUCCCAGUUCUCCAAAGGAGUCUAUGCCAUCUUUGGGUUUUAUGAGCGGAGGACUGUCAACAUGCUGACCUCCUUCUGCGGGGCCCUCCACGUCUGCUUCAUUACCCCGAGCUUUCCUGUUGACACAUCCAAUCAAUUUGUCCUUCAGCUGCGCCCUGAGUUGCAGGAUGCCCUCAUUAGCAUCAUCGACCAUUACAAGUGGCAGAAGUUUGUCUACAUUUAUGAUGCCGACCGUGGCUUGUCCGUACUGCAGAAAGUCCUCGACACAGCUGCUGAGAAGAACUGGCAGGUGACAGCAGUCAACAUUUUGACAACCACAGAGGAGGGAUACCGGAUGCUCUUUCAGGACCUGGAGAAGAAAAAGGAGCGACUGGUGGUGGUGGACUGUGAAUCGGAGCGCCUCAAUGCCAUCCUGGGCCAGAUUAUAAAGCUAGAGAAGAACGGCAUCGGCUACCACUACAUCCUUGCAAAUCUGGGCUUCAUGGACAUUGACCUAAACAAGUUCAAGGAGAGUGGAGCAAAUGUGACAGGUUUCCAGUUGGUGAACUACACAGACACCAUUCCAGCCAAGAUCAUGCAGCAGUGGAAGAACAGCGAUGCUCGAGACCACACCCGAGUGGAUUGGAAGAGACCUAAGUACACCUCUGCGCUCACGUAUGAUGGAGUGAAGGUGAUGGCUGAGGCUUUCCAGAGUCUGCGGAGGCAGAGGAUCGAUAUAUCCCGCCGGGGGAACGCUGGGGACUGUCUAGCUAACCCAGCUGUGCCCUGGGGCCAGGGCAUCGACAUCCAGAGAGCUCUGCAGCAGGUGCGGUUUGAAGGCUUGACAGGAAACGUGCAGUUUAAUGAGAAAGGACGCCGGACCAACUACACUCUCCAUGUGAUUGAAAUGAAACAUGAUGGCAUCCGAAAGAUUGGUUACUGGAACGAAGAUGAUAAGUUUGUCCCUGCAGCCACCGAUGCUCAAGCCGGAGGGGAUAAUUCAAGUGUUCAGAAUAGAACGUACAUCGUCACUACAAUCCUAGAAGACCCUUAUGUGAUGCUGAAGAAGAACGCCAACCAGUUUGAGGGCAACGACCGCUAUGAGGGCUACUGUGUGGAGCUGGCAGCGGAGAUUGCCAAGCACGUGGGCUACUCCUACCGUCUUGAGAUCGUCAGCGAUGGAAAAUAUGGAGCCCGAGACCCUGACACCAAGGCUUGGAACGGCAUGGUGGGAGAGCUGGUCUAUGGAAGAGCAGAUGUAGCCGUGGCCCCCUUAACCAUCACCUUGGUCCGAGAAGAGGUCAUAGAUUUCUCAAAGCCAUUUAUGAGUUUGGGGAUCUCCAUCAUGAUAAAAAAACCACAGAAGUCUAAGCCAGGGGUCUUCUCCUUCCUCGAUCCAUUGGCGUAUGAGAUUUGGAUGUGCAUCGUUUUUGCCUACAUUGGAGUGAGUGUCGUCCUCUUCCUGGUCAGCCGCUUCAGCCCCUAUGAAUGGCACAGUGAAGAGUUUGAGGAAGGACGUGAUCAGACAACCAGCGACCAAUCCAAUGAGUUUGGGAUAUUCAACAGCUUGUGGUUCUCCCUGGGAGCCUUCAUGCAGCAAGGAUGUGACAUUUCUCCCAGGUCCCUAUCCGGCCGAAUCGUUGGUGGCGUCUGGUGGUUCUUCACCUUGAUCAUCAUCUCUUCAUACACAGCCAACCUGGCCGCCUUCCUGACCGUGGAGAGGAUGGUGUCUCCCAUCGAGAGUGCAGAGGACCUAGCAAAGCAGACGGAAAUUGCCUAUGGGACACUGGAAGCAGGAUCCACUAAGGAGUUCUUCAGGAGGUCUAAAAUUGCUGUGUUUGAGAAGAUGUGGACAUACAUGAAGUCAGCAGAACCAUCAGUUUUUGUGCGGACCACAGAAGAGGGGAUGAUCCGAGUGAGGAAAUCCAAGGGAAAGUAUGCCUACCUCCUGGAAUCUACCAUGAAUGAGUAUAUUGAGCAGCGGAAACCCUGUGACACCAUGAAGGUGGGAGGUAACUUGGAUUCCAAAGGCUAUGGCAUUGCGACACCCAAGGGGUCCGCCCUGAGAGGUCCCGUAAACCUAGCGGUUUUGAAACUCAGUGAGCAAGGCGUCUUAGACAAGCUGAAAAGCAAAUGGUGGUACGAUAAAGGGGAAUGUGGAAGCAAGGACUCCGGAAGUAAGGACAAGACAAGUGCUCUGAGCCUCAGCAAUGUGGCAGGAGUGUUCUACAUCCUGAUCGGAGGACUUGGGCUAGCCAUGCUGGUUGCCUUAAUCGAGUUCUGCUACAAAUCCCGUAGUGAAUCCAAGCGGAUGAAGGGUUUCUGUUUGAUCCCACAGCAAUCCAUCAACGAAGCCAUACGGACUUCAACUCUCCCUCGGAACAGUGGGGCAGGAGCCAGCGGCAGCGGCAGUGGAGAGAAUGGCCGGGUGGUCAGCCACGACUUCCCCAAGUCCAUGCAGUCGAUUCCUUGCAUGAGCCACAGUUCAGGGAUGCCCUUGGGAGCGACAGGAUUGUAACUGGAGUAGGCUCAGGCUCCCCCUGCCCAAUCCCAAACCCUUCAGUGCCAAAAACAACGACAAAAUGAAACACAACCGCCACCAACCACCACGACCACAAGGAGGAUGAUUCAACAGAGUUUCCUGAAGAAUUAAAAAACCAUUUUGCUGUCCCUUUUCCUUUUUUGAUGUUCUUUCACCCUUUUCCGUUUGCUAAGUGAGGAUGAUAAAUAACACUUUGUACUGCAAUAAGAGGAGAGCAACCCUGUCUAAUGAAGUCUGUGUCUCUGAAAAUGGAGUCACUGGAACACUAAUGAGGAAACUGUACUGUGUUCUUUUAAUUGGGCUGUUAACGUGUCUUAGCGUGUGCAAUAUUUUUUUUCUUAGUAAUAUCCAUGGUUUGUAAGUUCUUUUAGGCUCCUUCUUUCUCCUUACUUACUCCCAACUCCCUAUCCAUCCUUCUUCAGUUUUUAGGUUUGAGAUUCAAGAUUUGUUCCACCUUAUAGGCAAGCAAAAGGAAAAAAUGCAACCUUCAAACUAAUCUGCCAUGGGGGCUCUCCAAGUUACCCUCCAGUCCUUAGCCCCCAAGCCGUGGAUGGAGACAGACGUUGUUGUUAGAAGAAUGGGCUGCGUUCCCCAGAUGGAAUACCGCCUAAACACUGAUUGAGCUGAGACUGCUUGUGAAAAGCAGCCCAGAACGAGGGUGCUGGAGAGGGCAAGACAGAUGUGCAGUCAAAGAAGGACUUAUGAAGCUAUUGCUAGAGACUCAGAAAAGCUUCUUUCAUGUGUAGGAACCCUUCAUAGGUCUUAUAUGGAGCAGUAUGGUUCUUCACAGUGUCAACCUCAACCCUGAGUAGUAUGUCCUUCUGCUGUGCUGAGGUCCAAAGGCACCCUGGCAGCUGAAGGGUAGUCGGCCUCCUGGACUAAGAAGAGCCUUGACAACGCUGAUGGCCAGGGAGGUAUCACCCACAAUUCUCACUUUUCCCUUGCUUGACAUCUGAGCAGGGAACCCUGGUGUUGAAUAGACUUUCUUUCUUUGCAGAGCCUCAGAUAUGGGGGAAAUGCUGUGCUAAGUGCAAAGGAAGGGUGAUGGAAGAAUUUUGGAGGAGUAAGCCCCAGCAAAGCCCAGAAGCGAUAGAGCCUUCCAUCAUGUGCCCUGUCCUAGGUUUGAGAGACCAAAUAUGAAGCUCAGGGUUUUGCUGAAACAGACAACUUGGGUUUUUAUGUCAAUAUAAAGAUUGUUAAUUUAGCAUGUGGCCAGCUAACAAUCUAUCACCUUUAUAAAGCAAGAUGCCCAAGGUGGAAUUAUUUGAAAGUGAAUAGGGAUAUGGAUUGAUAAUGACACUGACAUUCGGGGACUUUAAGAGCCCUGACCCUGACUUCUAGCCCAAGGAGGCUGACCUUCAACCUGGUUAAGACAGAAUAAGGACAUUGUAUUCUAAUGACCAGAAUCAAUACACCUACAAUUGUGUCUAUAAAGCAGAACAAAAUCAAGAUUGGAGAAGUGACAGGGUUCAUGGAGAGAAGCCCAGGCUGACUGCAGCUUUGGUUGGGGGAGCUAUACAAGGUCCCUGGUACACAGCUUUCUUGGAGAUUCCAACUUUCAUUCUUGGUGCAGUUGGCUUCCAGCUCUCCAGCAGCCACUCUCCUAGGUGCAUGAAUCAGUGCGUGCCAUGUGUCAUUAGCUUUUAUUGAUAACCAUAUUCUGGCUUGUUCCCUUACCCCUACUUCUAACCAGUCUUCUCUGCUAGAGGUUAUCAUUCGCAAUUGACAAGCUAAAGGUAUUGGAACCUACCUUGGGGUAGGUGCAGCAUGAUUGGCUUCAUCUGUGGAUUCUCUCAGUGGACACCCACCAUCUCUGUGUCUCUCUUGUUCUCCUUCCAUCAGCCACAACAAAGAAAACUCUUCGUCCUGUCAACUCAAGUGUUGUUGUUCAGUCUCUCAUAUGUCAAUGUGGGCACGGUACAUAAACCAGGACCUUCAAGAUGGAUUAUCGCUUUUCAGUACUACCAGCCGAUGCCUCCCCACCCUGCUCCUGCCCUUGCACCAAUACCAGAUUUUUCUCAACCCUUAGCCUACCACUGCAGAAUCUGAUAUGUCCCAGUAUUAGAGAGUCUGCAUUUUGGAGGAGAUGGAAACAAGCCCCUACCAUCAACAUGCUUCAAAGACUUUUUGCCUUUGGCCUGUAAGACACCACUCCAGCCACUGAGGGCACCAGUAACAUGAUCUGAAAAGGAGAGACCGUCUUUGCUAGAAAUGAGAGCCUAUGUUGUGUGUGGGUCCAAGACUCCAGUAGAAGAUGCUUUUCAUUAAUGGAGGGGUGAAGGGGAAAACAAAAGCAAGAAAAAAGUUAACUUGUAUUAUGUAUUUUUACUACACUUUUCUUAAAAAUAGAGCAAUGGGAAAACUCUGAAAGAGAUUGACAUUUUUCUCAACAGGAAUCCAUACUUAACAGUUCUGGCUUUCAUUAAAUUUUGCUCUUUGGUACCUGGGCCUUUUAUUUAACAUCUAUAUUUGUUUUAACUCUCUUGGUAGAUGUGUGAAAGGAUUUUUGCUUGAUCAAACACUAAAUAUUUUUUUGGCUCCUGUUUUUAUUUCAAAUAGACAGGGUUUUUUUUUUCUCUCUCUCUUUUUUUUUUUUUUUUGGUAUUUGCAUAAAAUGAAAACAUCACCGAGAAUUAAAUCACUGUGGAUCCAUUA